UAUAAAUUCAAUGGGGCGUUAAUACCAAAUCAUAUCCGAAAGAUCAGUAGCCAUCAUGGGGGCGCUUCGGACACCGCUCCUUAUAUGUCUUAUUCUGGCUAUAGCGCUAUGCGUGUUAUCGGAAGCUAAAGAAAGAUCCAAGAAAGAAGGAAAACCCAGAGAGGUGAAAAAGCCGAGUAAAGGAAAUGUUGCUAGAAAAGCUGCAAGUAAACACCAAGCGAUAAUACAUUCAGUCAAAAAGCCACAGCGUACGAUUCCAUCCGUACUGGCAACUACAAAACAGCUAAAGGAAACCAAAGAAAAAAAAAGUUCAAAAGGGGAACAAUCUAAGCCAAGUAAAAAAAUCAAAAAGGGGGGCCAUUCCAAAGAAAAGCAUUCAACAGAAAGGAAAGAACACAAGCACGCCGAAAAUUCAAAGACAAAGCCAAGUAGAGGAAAUGAUGCAAGAAAAACUGCUAGUAAACUCCAAUCGGUAUUACAUGAAGCCAAAAAGCCUCAACGAGUUACUCCAUCCUUACUGGCUUCUACGGCAAAACAGCUCAAACCGAAGGAAAAAACCUUUCAAAAGAGAAAUAUCCUAAGCCAAGUUAAGAACACAAAAAAGGGUGCUUUUCCAAGGAGAAGCACUCAAGAGAAAGGAGAGAAGACAAGAAAGCAGACGUCACAGAUAGGGGGCCAUUCAAAGAUGAAGGAUUCUAGGGAAAGAAGAGAACACAAGCACAUGAAACAUUCCAAGGUAAAACAUCAUUCUAAAGAAAGCAAAAACGACAGUAAAAACCGUCAUCAGCAUUCGAAAGAAAGCAAAGAGCACAAAGGAAAACACCAUCAUCGUCAUUCUAAGAAAAGCAUGGAACACAAAGAAAAGGGACAUUCCAAAGGAAAACAUCAUCAUCAUUCAAAGGAAAGCAAAGAGCACAAAGAAAAGGGACAUUCCAAGGAGAAACAUCAUCAUUCUAAAGAAAGCAAAGAGAACAAAGAAAAGGGACAUUCCAAGGGAAAACAUCAUCAUCAUUCUAAAGAAAGCAAAGAGCACAAAGAAAAGGGACAUUCCAAGGGAAAACAACAUCAUUCUAAAGAAAGCAAAGAGCACAAAGAAAAGGGAAAUUCCAACGGAAAACAACAUCAUUCUAAAGAAAGCAAAGAGCACAAAGAAAAGGCACAUUCAAAGGAGAAACAUCAUCAUUCUAAAGAAAGCAAAGAGCACAAAGAAAAGGGACAUUCCAAAGAGAAACAUCAUCAUUCUAAAGAAAACAAGAAAAAUCGAGUAUCAAGAGAAAAGAGGAAUUCCAAUGAGCGAAUUCCCAAGCAAGAGGAUAAGUCUCACAGAGAGGUGCUUUGUGAAUGGAAGACGAAAACAAUUAAGUGUGAAGCAGGAGAAACAAUUAGGGUAGUUUCUGCAAUGUAUGGCCGCAAAACUAAGAAGUUGUGUCCUCACCGAGCUUCACAUAACCUAAAAUGUGAGGCAAAGUCGUCCAUGGUCAAAGUCAGUCAAGCAUGUGAAGACAAGGAUAAAUGUGUCCUCUCCGCCUCCAACUCAGUGUUUGGGGAUCCUUCUGGGGGAACAUUCAAAUACCUGGAUGUCAAAUACGAAUGUAUCAAACCUGAGGAUAAGUCUCACAGAGAGGUGCUUUGUGAAUGGAAGACGAAAACAAUUAAGUGUGAAGCAGGAGAAACAAUUAGGGUAGUUUCUGCAAUGUAUGGCCGCAAAACGAAGACGUUGUGUCCUCACCGAGCUUCACAUAACCUAAAAUGUGAGGCAAAGUCGUCCAUGGUCAAAGUCAGUCAAGCAUGUGAAGACAAGGAUAAAUGUGUCCUCUCCGCCUCCAACUCAGUGUUUGGGGAUCCUUGUGGGGGAACAUUCAAAUACCUGGAUGUCAAAUACGAAUGUAUCAAACCUGAGGAUAACAUUCACAGAGAAUUGCUGUGUGAAUGGAAGAUGAAAACAAUCAAGUGUGAUGCUGGAGAAACAAUUAAGAUCAUGUCUGCCAUGUACGGUCGCAAAUCCAGAUCAGUGUGUCCUCACGCAGCUAUGUCUAACCUUAAAUGUGAGGCAAAGUCGUCCAUGGGCAAAGUCAGUCAAGCUUGUGAUGGCAAGGAUAAAUGUGUCCUCUCCGCCUCCAACUCAGUGUUUGGGGAUCCUUGUGGGGGAACAUUCAAAUACCUUGAUGUCAAAUACGCAUGUAUCAACACUGGUGUUCGAUAUGUCUCCAUCAAGACAGAGAAACAAGGCAAAAUGCCUUAUACAUAUACUCUCUUAGACAAAUAUGGUUACAUUAUUGGAGAUACUACAUCAAUAGAGUUAACAGUGCAGGCCUGUAAUGACGCCCAUAUCGCACUGAUGGGCCAGAGUGGUGAGAAUGGAAAGUUGUACGAGAUCGUCAUUGGAGGAUGGGGAAAUUCAAAAUCCGUGAUCCGAACGCAAAAGCAAGGACAAAACUUGUACACCAAAAACGGAAGGCGUUUGGACUGCCGCCAGUACCGGAAGUUCAAAAUAUCAUGGACUGGCGGAUUGAUCACGGUACAGAGCUACGUCAACGGCGUUUUGUUGGAAUUCCUGAGGUAUAAAGACCCAUCACCCAUGGAUAUACAAUCUGUUGGAGUCAGCACUGGCAUAUGGGCAACUGGCGAAUGGAGAAUUGAUAUCAAAGAUGACGACAAGUGUAACGGUAGAGAAUGCCACGCCAAUGCUAUGUGUACCCGAGGUGGGUGUGUGUGUAAGCGGGGAUAUUACGGCGAUGGUUAUAACAGCUGUGAAAAAUCAUGUUUAUGUAUGGCAUCAGGCGACCCCCACUACAGGACGUUUGACGGUCAGAUGAUUCACUUCAUGGGCACCUGCAGAUAUACACUGACUCGCUCACUUGAUCGUGGCGGCAAGUGUGCCUUCAAUGUGGAGGUCAAGAACGAAAGAAGGGGUCAGAACACAAGAGUUGCCUUCACUCGCUACGUAGACGUAGAGGUGUACGGCAGAAAGAUCCGUCUGCAUCAAAACAAGAAAGUCUUCAUUGACAACGAAAGACGAUAUCUUCCGGUGAAGGAGUUAAAGGGUCAACUUACGGUGACUUUCAGCGGUCGAUACGUGCAGAUAUGGACGGAAUGUGGACUUUUGGUUAAUUUUGACGGCAAUCACGCUGUCAGUGUUGUUGUACCGAAAUCCUUCAGCAGGAACAUGACAGGGCUAUGUGGCGACUGCGAUGGGAAAAUGAACGACUUCCGAACACGUGACGGAAAUGACGUCACAAAGAAAAGUUCGCGGUACAAUAUCAUUGGAAACAGUUACAAGGUCCUAGAACAUGGCACUGCGUCCAAUUCCAGAUGUGUGCCGGUAGCCCAGGACUCUCCUAAAUGCGAUUCUUCAUUAGCUAACCGCCUGAACAGACGCGAGUACUGCGGUGAAAUCACAGAGAAAACCGGACGGUUUGCAAAGUGUAUUAGCAGGUUUCCUGUCCAAGCAAAAAGCUUUUUCGAUAGUUGCGUGUUUGACCUGUGUUCAUUCCAAGGGGAGCCAAACAUGAUGUCCAAGGUGAGAUGCAAUUCGGUUGAGGCAUUCGCUGAGGAAUGUGAGGAAAAUGGCAUCAUUGUCAACUGGAGGAGUAAAGAAUUCUGUCCUUUAACCUGUGAAGACCCGAACAUGGUGUAUAAGGCCGACGCUUCAGGGUGUCCCUCCACAUGUGUUGAUCCCGAGGCGCCCUCUAGCUGUACCCUGGAGCCACGUGAGGGAUGUGUGUGUAAAGAUGGCUUUGCCCUUAGUGAUGACAAGUGUAUCCCUCUAAGCCAGUGUGGGUGUGUCGACUCCGACGGCGCCUACUUCCCAUUGAAAACCAGGAAGUCUUCACAAGACUGUGGUACGGAUUACGUCUGUCAAAGGAGGGGGCUCAACAGUAGGUUAGUUCCAAUACGGUCUGGGCGGAAAUGCCACAGGAAAGCUCAGUGUACGUUGGACAAGAGCGGGGAACGAAAGUGUGUCUGUAACCAAGGGUACGAAGGAGAUGGAUACAGCAAUUGUAAACCUCUAUGUGGAAUGAAGUUCAAAUGUCAUCCUCAAGCAAGGUGUAGAAAUGGCAGGUGCAAGUGUAACCGAGGGUUGUCAGGUGACGGGGUCAGAGAGUGCCAGGAAAUGUGCACCUGUGGGGCCAGUGGCGACCCUCACUACAGGACAUACGACGGCCAGAUGAUCCACUUUAUGGGGAUCUGUAAGUACAUCCUUACACAGACGACUCGGGAGACAGAUCCCUGUAAGAUAUCGGUACAAGUAUCCAACGAGCGUCGAGGUAGGAACAGGCGAGUGUCAUUUACUAAGUCGGUCCAUGUCCAGGUGUACGGAAAGAAAAUUGUCAUGAAGGAGGAUAAACAUGUCUUCAUUGACGGAGAACAAAAAUACUUACCUGUCAGGGAGGAAAACGGAAACCUCACAAUUUUCAUUAGUGGGAAGAAUGUGCGUCUCGUGACUGCAUGUGGACACAGAGUGUACUGGGACGGAAGGUCCGUGGCUCGUGUAUCCGUUCCAAAGUCAUACACGGGGAAGUUAACUGGGUUGUGCGGAGACUGUAACGGCAGAAAGGAUGAUUUCCGGACUAAAAAUGGACUGGAUGUGUCUAAGAAAAAGAACCGAUACUCCAUAAUAGGGAACAGCUAUAUGAAGGGGAGACAGUAUGCAGAAGACACGGAAAACUGUGUCACUGUCGAGGAUGAUGUACGGUGUUCGAAUCAUAUGACGGAGAGCGCUUCAAAGGGAGAUCACUGCGGUUAUAUAAAUCCGAGCUUCAAUAAAGUAUCUCCUUUCCAAAGUUGUGUAAAGGAAAACACCGCUAUGGCUACUGACCUGUUCAACGCAUGCAAGUUUGAUGUCUGUGCAUACUUUGAUGAUCCGACAACCCGACGUGAUGUUGUAUGUAGAUCGUUGGAGGCUCUUGAAGCAGAAUGUGAGACGAGAGGGUUCAACGUGAAAUGGAGGAGUUCAAAUUUAUGUCCCAUGACUUGCCCAAAGAACAUGCGUUAUAGCUCGGCCGUAUCAGGAUGCCCUUCCACAUGCUUGACGCCAGAAUCCGAGCAAGCGUGUGUAUUAGAUGAUACGGAGGGAUGUGAAUGUCUUCCAGGCUUCCUCCUUAGCGGUACAGAUUGUGUUCCUGUGGAACAGUGUGGUUGUCUAACUCCAAGAGGCGAUUACCUUCCGCUUGGCACGAGGUAUGUAUCUGAUGACUGUACGACGGUGACAAAGUGCACCAACGAGAAUGGCGAGGCGAUAUUGGAGCGCGUUACCAUCAGUGAACGGUGCCACAAAGAUGGCAUGUGUGGGGUAGUGGACGGGUAUCAUCAAUGCAAGUGCAAGGAUGGGUACCAUGGUGACGGCAUCAACUCCUGUCUACCCAUGUGUGGGGGACGUUUCAAGUGUCACGUCGACGCCGAAUGCCAAAAUGGAAAGUGCGUCUGUAAGGCAGGAAAAUAUGGAGACGGAACCAACAAGUGUUACGAUGCUUGUGUAUGCUCAGCUUCCGGAGACCCCCAUUAUCACUUAUUUGACGGCCAAACAAUCCAUUUUAUGGGAAAUUGCAAAUAUCUAUUGUCUAAGCUGACUGACAACAAGACAUGUGGGUUUGAUGUGCAGGUCGAAAAUGAACACCGUCUCAAUCAAAAACACGUGUCCUUCACCCGAUUGGUUAACAUUAAAAUAGGACAACAGUCCAUCACACUUCUUCAGGGGAGACGGUUACAGAUUGAUGACGUGCUAACGUUUACCCCGUAUGAGGAUCCCAAGGGACGAUUUGUCGUUGUAAUUAAGGGCAAAUACAUCACGCUGAUCGGUAGGUGUGGCCUCGUUGUGAUGUUUGAUGGAAAUCAUGUUGUGAGUGUCAUAGUUCCACGUGAAUUAGGAAAGACACUGACCGGAAUAUGUGGAAACUGCAAUGGAAAAGCGGAUGAUUUCAAAACUAAAAACGGUCGUGAUGUUUCGAAGAAUCCAAACAAAUUUGUAUACAUAGGAAAUAGCUACGAAGUAACAGAUGUUACGGAUGGAGCAAAGAAAGGUUGUAAAAGCGAUGAUUAUAAGGUUAGCUGUUCCAAAACCUGGGAAAGUCGUAUCAAAUCAGACGAACUUUGUGGAAAAUUACUCGACAAAAAGGGUGUGUUUGGUAAAUGUGUCAAAAAGGAGCCGAAAUACGCCCAAUCCUUCUUUGCUUCAUGUCGGAUUGACCUGUGCGCUGCCGAGGGCGACGAAAUUCUUGCCACUAAGUUGUUGUGUCAGUCCCUAGAAGCGUUUGCAGACAAUUGUCAGAUGGACGGUGUCACCAAUAAACAUUGGAGAACCACGAAUCUCUGUCCCCUAAAAUGCUCUAGCUCAGAGGUGUACAACCCGGCUAUAGUGGCCAGACCCCGCACCUGUGACGACCCGGACGCAUCGGCGUCCUACUCACUUGCUCCUGUGGAGGGAUGCAUGUGUAAGGAGGGUUACGUUCUGAGUGGAAUCAAAUGUGUUAGACAGAGAGACUGUGGCUGCUUCUAUAACAGAGAAUAUUUUCCGGUGAAUGGCACGGGACCUCUCACAAACUGUGAACAGGAACAGACCUGCGUCCACAAAGACGGAUUGAAUAGCAUGGAGACUGUGGAAAGAAAGCUCAGUUGCCGCCGCAAUGCUGAGUGCAGAAAUGUUGAUGGCAUGUACAAGUGCCAAUGUCGUGUGGGCUUUAAAGGGAAUAACAACACUGGAUGUAAAGAAAUCAAAGUCAAGAAUCCUACAUCACCAAAACCUUCGGCUAAACCAACACCAGAAUCAACAAAUAAACCAACUCAACCGCAAACCGCUAAACCAACUCCAGAACCAACAACGAGACCCCGACGACCAAAAUAUGUUCCGUAUUCCGAAUGCAAAAUUAGCAUGAAACACCAAUCGUGUGGUAGUUCUCUUACACUUUCUGGAGCUUGCCAGUACCGGUCGCAGUUUUCCGACCAAUGUCAAUACUCCGUUCUCAUGCUAAAGCUUGGUAACAAGAUAUUCGCCAAAGUGCAAAUCAACAGAAGGGUUCGUAUCCUUAAGCAUGGCAAGAAGUUUAGCGACUGUGCCUCCUUCCUUAUGGUCAACUCAACGGUCACCAUAACAGACAACGUCUGCGAGAAAUGUACAUUAGAAUUCAUCAGAAAUCUCACCCCUCGACGCGCAUGCAAAGCACCAUAGGGCUAACUUUCUGAAACACAUCAGGCUGAUCCGAUGUAUUCCUGAAGGAAUAACGCUGUUAUAUGUGUUUACUCAAUUAAAUAUUAAAAUAUUCAGUCAUAAG